AUGCGUCUUUCAUUCAUUCUUGCUGUGACUUGUACUGGCCUGCUGGCCUGUGCAACUGCUUCGGACUCGGAGAAAGCUGCUAAGAUUUCCAACGACCAAGUGCUUUCAGGCCGCCAGUUGAUUGACACUGUCGCCAAGGACAACAAGAAGCGCUUGCUGCGAGCCUACAAAGAUGCUGAGGACGACAGCGAAGACUCCAAGAACGUGAAACCCACCGCUGACUCCAAGCACGCCGACGAAUCGGAAGACUCUGAAGACAGCCAGGAGGAGCGGUUCUCGCUCAUCCAGACGUCCAACCAGCCCCGAUACUACUGGUGGUUCCAGCAUCACAUGACUCCUCUCGAUGUUCGUCGGGACCUGGAAUUGACGGCGGACACGAUCAAUCCCAUUAAGCGCUCGGUCUACACAGGUUAUGUCGACUACUACGAGGACCACUGCUCUUACUACGAAAACCGCAAGGAGGAAUUUUGCAAGGCAGAAGACUUUUAG